AUGGAUGAAUUCGGUCAAGGAGAAGCUUUGGAUAUCCACAUUAUUUCAAAUCAUAUUGAUUCACUCAUCGUGGAACUAUUUAAAUUCUUUAGUUCCGAUGGAAAUAUUGAUUGGGCAGAAGUUACUCGAGAACUAGAAAGAAAUGACAGAAAACUUACAGAUAUGAUGACAGAACUCAUGAAUAUAGAUCCUUAG